AUGGCGGGGAAAUUUGCAAAUGUAACUGUGGACAAUUUCCAACAAUUCAUUCAACUCAUACAACAAAAAGCACCUCUUGUCUACCAGAAAGGAUUGGGCAUGUACAUCGCUCUCAUGGGCAAGGUGAACGCCCUAAAUCCUGAAGCAAAAGCGUUCGUACUGAAGUGGCUGGAUAAAUGGGCUAAUGUGAUCAAAUCUAUGCCCAUGGGCAACGCUUUUCAGUUGUCCUUUGACUUCAACAAGGGAUUCUUCACUGAGGCGAUGAAACUCUCUCCCGCGGCUUUGGACAGUCUCAAGCAGCAAUUUCCUGAGUUUGCAAAAUUGUGGCAAGAAUGUCCUCAACUCAAACAAUUCGCUGAGUUCGUGGUCAGUGCGCCCAACGAUCUGGAUAUUAUGAAGGUCGAAGCAAUGCAGCAGUACAUGGCGAGUUUGACGACUCCUCCUCCUCUCAUGGCUUAG